UGGUAACCGCGGAAGCCCGGGGCCUAAGGAGCGGUAUUUUUGGAGUUAAUGGAGUCAGAAGGACCCCCAGAGUCAGAGAGUUCAGAAAAAUUAAUAUUUUUCUCACAGCAAGAAGAGGAGGAAGAAGAUGAGAAUGAAGAAGAAGAAGAAUCUAAAGCAGCAGAGGAAACUGCCACCAUUAAUCCCCUCUUACCACCUGCUCUCACAGGAGAUGUAGGAGGUUUGCAGAAGAUUUUUGAGGAUCCUGAGAACCCUCACCAUGAACAGGCCAUGCAGCUACUCUUGGAAGAAGACAUCGUUGGGAGAAAUUUGUUGUACGCAGCUUGCAUGGCUGGGCAAAGUGAUGUGAUUAGAGCUUUGGCCAAAUAUGGUGUGAAUCUGAAUGAAAAAACCACCAGAGGUUACACGCUCUUACACUGUGCUGCAGCCUGGGGUCGUCUGGAAACUUUGAAAGCGCUGGUGGAACUGGAUGUUGAUAUAGAAGCUCUGAAUUUCCGGGAAGAAAGAGCUCGCGAUGUUGCUGCUCGGUAUUCCCAAACUGAGUGUGUUGAGUUCCUGGACUGGGCAGAUGCAAGGCUGGCGCUGAAAAAAUAUAUUGCAAAGGUCUCUGCAACUGUUACAGAUACAGAAAAGGGACCAGGGAAGCUUUUUAAGGAAGACAAGAAUACCAUCCUCAAUGCAUGCCGUAUAAAAAAUGAAUGGUUGGACACCCACUUAGAAGCUUCCAUUAAUGAGCAUUUUGAGCAGAAACAGCAAUUGGAAGAUAUUGUGACUCCUAUCUUCACAAAAAUGGCUACACCAUGUCAAGUGAAAAGUGCCAAAUCUGUAUUUUAACCAUGGUCAGGAAAGAAGUCAAGAUCAUACCUUCUACUGAACAUGUAUUUUAUAAAAGGCGCCACCUUCUAUAUUUAUAAAGGCAAACCUAUUCAUGCUGACCGAAGUUAAGAAAAUAGAUGUGGGAUUUUAUAAAAAUGUUUAAGUAUGAAAUUAAAUCACCCUUGUUUUGUUUUACCCCAUUCAGCAUGCUUAUGUCCAGACUCUCUGGUCUUGCCUCUGCCCCCAUAAGUCAGUUUCAUGUGAGUUCCACUUGCUUCUUCCAGAGAGCACUUGGGUAAGAGUCACUCACAAAGACCAUAUAGAAACUUUGAAAGCUACUUAGAGACUCUAACAAAUUUCUGUGUAAUUGUUGAGGCAGGAAGUUUCUGUUCAAGUGAGCAAUUCUUUUUUUUUUUUUUUUAAAGACAUAUUGGCCAUUUCCAGAGGAAAAAUGUGUUCUCCCUCUCUCAAAAGGAAAGCUACAGGGUGACACUCUGGAGCAAGGAAGUAUUAAGGAUGGUUUGGAUCAGGAUCCUCUGCUUAUACACUUAUCACUUUUUUAUGUCAAAAUUUUGACACCCUUCUGUCUUUAAAUUAAUAAAUACAAAUGUUUAGUUUUAUAUUUAGAUUUCCCCUACUCUGCAGGUUUAGUUAUUAUAGUUAUUAUAACUAUACUGCAUGCCAUUUUCCCUUCUGUUUUUCUGUUUUGUAUUACCUGUGUUUUAAAUAUCAUUGUUGGUUUCAUAUUAGUGAUUUGGAAUGUCCUUUUUUUUUUUUUUUUAAGUUUGUCUAAGAGCCCCUGAACCUUCUGCUUCUCUGACUUUCUAGAAUAGUUUUAUAGAAAGAAAAUUAUUCUCUUCUUUGUCCCAUCCUGAAAGCUAGUUUUUUAUUGUUGAGGGGAAGGAAAAGAAAUAAGUAAUUCAGUAAUUCCUUGUCAGUUGGCAUUUUCUCAGCCAUGGUUUUGAGGUAACACUGUCUCACAAAUUUAAAAGUUUUGAGAUCUUUUUUUUAUGUAUGAGCAAUUCAGCUUCAGUUGCCUUAAGCAGAAGAACAGGGCCAUGAGUCUCACCCCCUCUCUGGUAGAUCCAGUAGGUGUUUAUGGUGUAGUGCAAAGAAGGAGACCUAUGUUUGCUCCAUGCUCUUAAUAUUAUAGAUUGUGAGAAGUCUGUUAUCUUUAAGCACUGCAAUAAUUUGGGAAAAGGCUAGGUGCCAUUUUUGUCAUUUAUACUCUAAUUUUACAUUCUCUGAGCCUUGAUCUUGAAUAUGACAUUGCUUUCCAGGCAUGUGGUCCUGGUGAUCAGGGAAGGAUUUAUAAAUCUCAAAGAUUCCUAGAUAAGAACAAGGCAUUUCUGGAGACUCCGAGUAGAAAAUAAACCUCUCUCUCCUUUAUUCAUAUUUAUGUCUUUAUUCUUAAACUGUUUGUAGCUCUUAAUAUAUUUGCUAAUGCCGUCUUCUUGAAACUCACAUUGGCGCCUUUAUGUCAUUAUGGUUCCUUUACUUUCUUACAAACUACUUUUCUAACUCUUUUCUGCAGCUGCUAUGAAUAUGUUUGUGUCCCUCCUCCCCCAAAUUUGUAUUUUGAAACCUAAUGCCCAAUGUGAGAGCAUUAGGAGGUAGAGCCUUUGGCAGGUAAUUAGGUCAUGAGGCAGAGCUCUCACGAAUGGGAUUAGGCCCUUAUAAAAGAGGCCCUGGAUAGCUCCCUUACUCCUUGCUCCAUAUGAGGUUACAGCAGAAAGACAUCCAUCUAGGAGGCAGACUCAGAAAGUCGGCUGGCAUCAUGAUCUUGGACUUCCCAGCCUCCAGAAGUGUGAGAAGUAAAUGUUUGUUGUUUAUAAGGUACCUGGUUUAUGGUGUUUUUGUUACAGCAGCCUGAAUGGACUAAGACACCAGCUCCUUUUCUUCAUCUUGCCUCAAGCUAUGGGAACUUUUCAAAAGUCAAUCCUGUCUUUCAAUUUUAUAUGUCAAUUAUACCUCAAUAAAGCUAAAAAAAAAUCAAUCCUGACCCUUGGCAAGGCAGUGUGAAGUCUCCACUCCAUGACCUCUAUCCCCAGUGUUAGGAAGAAUGAAUCCCUCCUUCUUUGGGUCACCUUCAGCAUUAAUAGCUUCAUACUGUAUUCUAUUUAAUUGUUCGCAAGUUGAACUCUGAGCUUUUUGAGGGUAGGGGCUUCGUUUUGUUUUUCUUCAUUCAUAAAGAGGCUAUAACAUAGUAAAUUAGUAAAUAAUAGUUGAAUGAAUUCUCUUUUCGUACCACCUUUUCAUAGAACUCACUAGUCUUCAUUAAUUUAUAGAGCUUGUUCACCUUUAUGGAAUCCUUAUCUCCAUAUUUUGCUUGUGCCAGUGCCCCAUUUCAACUCCUGCUCCUGCAGAAGACAAGCCGCACACACGCCCUGCACUAUGACUGUAUAUCUAGUUUCUUCUCUAAUUGUCUAUUUUUUAACUUUCUUCUUGAAUGCCAUAUCACUUUUUUUUUUAUCUCGCAGAGAAACCAAGAAGCCAUAUCAGUUUUUAGGCAUGUGAACCUGGUGAUUAUGAAGGAAUUCCUGAAUCUCAUUUCAAAGAUUUCAUUGAUGUGACAGUCUGAAUGUACAUCUAUAUCUAUAGAUAAGAUUUCAUUGAUGUGACAGUCUGAAUGUACAUCUAUAUCUAUAGAUCUAUGACUUUAGUAUGUUUUGAGAGAUAUGGUAUGUCUUGUGACUUGUUGCAUUGAAUUAUAAAUAUAUUCAUAGGAUUGUCAGAGAUCCUUAUACUCUGAGUUUGAGCUUUUACUCAAGUAGCUGCAUGGCUUUUUCUGAACAUCCACAGAGUAAUUAAUUACUAUUUCAAGGUGCAUACUAGGAAAUUAAAUCACAUUAUUUGAGAGGUAGUAGAGCAAAGGCUACAUUGAGCCUGAUAACUUCUAGACAGUGGUUCCUUAGGCUUUUGUAUUUUUUUCAUUGAUUGGAAAACUGUAAAAACAAAAGGGAGGAGAUUGGUAUGAUAUCAUUAAGAGAACAACUGUUAUCUGCUAUCACUAUCAUUUAAUGAACAAAAAGACAUGUUAACACCAAAAAAGGGGAAGAUAUGAUCUCAGUAUAAGGUUCUGCUCUUUAAGUUGAAUAAAUUAAGUUCUAUUCUAGGCUUUUAUGUUCUUCAUUUUGCUAUAUAUGAUGGAGCUUUUGUCAUGAAUCACAGCUGGCAUAUGGUCUACCCUUUGAGAACUACUACUCUAGACUAAAGCAGCCAGACUGAUGUUUAGGUUACCACAAUGCCCCAAAUUAUAAAGGGCUGACAAUCCAUCCCAGUGUUUCAUCUAAUCUGUGAAAGAUUGUAUUUUCCAGGAUGGCCACAUCUCCUAUCCCACAGUCAUGACGUUCCUCACAUAGGGAGGUGGGUCUCUGUUCUCUCAUCAUGAACCUGGGCAGGCCUGUGGUUACAGUAGAAGUCAUACUCUGUGAUUUCCAUUGAUCAUAAAAGAUAAAAGUGAUACAGCUUCUACCUAGUUCUCUUGAGAUGCUAGCCCGGAGAGACCCCUACGGACAGGCAGCGAGGCCCUGGCUGAGCUCUAGCCAGCAGUCAUCUACGAUAGCAGUGAAUCAUCUUGGAAGCGGAUCUUCCAGUUAAGCUGUCACAGGCGAUGCCACGUGGAGCAGAGACAAGCCUCUGCUAAGCCCUGCCACAACUGUAGA